AAAAUUAGUGGCUAUGUUAGAGGUUGGAGUAAGGUUAGUGGCUAUGUUAGAGGUUGGAGUAAGGAUAGGGUUAGUGGCUAUAUUAAAAGUUAUGUUAGAAUUAGUGGUUAUUUAGAAAUUAGUGUAGAGCUAAUAGCUAUAUUAUAG